CGGCAGAGCGGGAAAUUGCUCACUGCGGCAUUUUUAAUUCAGAAAUAUUUACGGCAUACUAGAAGCAUUCAAUGAACGACGUGGAAUUGAUCGGUCGCAGCCAUUCAUUCAUGCGCUCGGUUCAUCAAAUUGGCGUGACCUAUCGCUGCCGCGGGGAGGUUUUCUUGCCACGAGGCUAUAAAUACAAGAAGACCGGCGCGAAGUUAGGGAAGACCUUUUCAACCUCUGUUCGCUCACUGGACGCUGAAGCUGUGAGAGAUUCAACAUGAAGGUAAGUACUUAAGUACUCCAGGAUGAGAUUUGUAAAAUUAUGUGAAUAUUUACAUUUCAUAGUGAUAAUUCAUCAUGUUUUGACAAAAGUUAAAUUUUUGCAUGAGUUGUUACCUAACUAUCAAGUAAAAACUUCAUAUUUAUCACAUUUUUAUGUUAUUUGUCAAGUUAGCGUUUUUACAUGAUAAUUACAUGUUAAUUAUCACGCUUUUACAUAAGUUUUUACAAGAGGUUAUUUCACAAAAUUAAGGUUUUACAUGAUACUUAAGUUUUUACGGGAUAUUACAUUUUUACAUUAUUUACAUUUUGAGAAUUACCACAUUAUUACAUGGUUAUUAUCACGCUUUUAUAUUGGUUUUACAUGAGGUGUUUUUUCACAUAAGGAUUUACAUGAGUUACCACGUUUUUACAUGAUAAUGACAUGAUGUUAAUUAUCACGCUUUUACAAGUUUUUACAAGAGGUUAUUUCACAAAAUUAAGGUUUUACAUGAUAUUUAGGAAGUUUUUACAGGAUGAUUAUUACAAUUUUACAUUAGCUUUACAUUUUUAGAUAAUUACCACAUUAUUACAUGGUUAUUAUCACACUUUUAUAUUACUUGGUUUUACAUUAGGUGUUUUUUCACAUAAGGAUUUACAUGAGUGACCACGUUUUUACAUAAGAUUUUACAUGAUUAAGCUUUUACUCGAUGGUUAGCCUCAUUUUACACAUGGUUUUACAUGUUAUCACAAUUUCACAUGAUGAUAAUCAGGUUUUUGCUUGAUAGUUAAUCAUGUUUUUACAUGAUGGCUACCACGUUAUACAUAUCACGUCUACAUGUUAUCCCAUUUUACGUGAUGAUUAGCACGUUUUGACAUGUUCUGUUUUUAGAUGAUGAUGAUGAUAAUCACGUUUUACAUGAUUCACAUUGCUACAUGAUAGUUGCGGUUUACAUAUCAGAUGUACAUGCCAGGUUUUUACAUAAUUAUCACGUUUUUACAUGAUAGUUACCAUGUUUUUAUAUGAUAUCGCGUUUUCACAAGGUAUUCCUUUUCAUGGUACACGUCCUUUACCUAUUGUCAAUUUUUACAUGGUAAUUAUCACCUUUUUACUUGGUAAUUAUGUUGUUUGCUCAAAAUACCUCUACUUUUUAGACUAAAAAUACACAUCAUAAAGAGGUUUUUAAUUCUGAAAGGAGUUAUAAAAUGUUUCUCCUGCAGGGUUUGAAGACCAUCACUUUAACAUGCGUUCUCGUUCUCUUCCUGGCUGCAUUUGUGGCACAAACUUGGAGUGCACCAAAGGGCUCUUUUCAAAGGAGAAACUGGACUCCGCAAGCUAUGCUGUAUCUUAAAGGCACCCAAGGACGCAGGUUCAUAUCAGAGGACCGAAAAGAGGGCGACGUCUAUGAUACUUUACACUUAGAAACCCGCAGUCAAAACACAGAGAAGCUGAGUGUGGACCAAGCUGCCACUAUAUUGCUCAACUUUUUGCAGCAGGCCAGGGACAGCGCUGACGACAAUCCAGACGAGGUGUACUUUCAGGAGGUGCCAGUGUGGAAACGAGAGUACUUCUGAGUAGGAUGGACGUCUUCAUUUCUGUGCGAGGGAGAAGAAAUGUUUUGUAUCAUAUAUCGUCAAUUCAGAGUACUGUAUAUUGGAAAUGUGAUGUUUUAAUAAACUACAUUUGAACUGAUGCCAAGAUUUGUGUAAUCUAUUCUAUUCCGUGUCUGUGUUCAAAUUAAUCCCUUCAUUCAAUCUUGAGUUAUCAAAUUUGCUUGUAAAAGAAACAGGUGAGUAGAAUUUGGGGUAGUGAGGUCAAAGAUCAGAAAAUGAAGUUUACGAUAGGGUGUUAACAGGUUAGCCUAUUCAAAUUUGCAAAAUAGGUGGUGUUUUGAGAAGGGUCAAAGGUCACAGAGGUAAGAACGUUUUUCAUACUUUGGGUUAUGUCUUAAAAUUGACAACGCAGUAAUGAGGUCAGAGGUCAGAAAAGGAAGUUUACGAUAGGGUGUUAACACGUUAUCUGGUUCAAAUUAGCAAAAUAUUGAGAAGGGUCAAAGGUCACAGAGGUCAGAAGUGGCUUUUUAUACUUUGCGCUUUGUCUUAAGAUAAAACCUGAACAAAGCAUUAGUGAGGUCAAAGGUCAGAAAAGGAAGUUUACGAUAGCAUGAAAGCAGAUUAGCCUAUUCAAAUUUGCAAAGUAGUGAUAUAUUGACAAGAGAAAGGGUCAAAGGUCACUGAGGUCAGAAGUAUGGUGUUGGGUUAUUUGGCUUAAAACUGAACAAAGCAGUAGUGAGGUCAAAGGUCAGAAAACUAAGUUUACGAAAACUUGUGUAUUUGUCAACUAAAACAAGAGUAAGCUAGCACAUUUUACAUGAUGUCUGAUCUCACCCGUCAUCGACACGAUUAUCCUGACUGUUUCUUCGUGCCUCUUGGCGUAGCGCCUAGGACGAAGGGAGCUUUUAUAUUCAGACGGUCCUUUUCGGCCUCUUCGUCUUCAUCAUACGGUUCGUCGUCGUCUUCAUCUUCCACAUCACUGUGGUGUGGUGUGGAGUGGACAGAAACUGAAGGAGAGGGAGGCACCGAGUAAGGUCGGGGAUAGCGAAAACCCUCCGUCUGUGGAGAAAAAUGUGGAUUACACCUUACAGUGUUGUAUUUGGCAACCCUGUUAAUUUUUAUCUUAGCCUUUUGGAUGAAAUAGUUCUUAGUCUGAGUCAUAUUUUGGUAAUUUCAAAAUGGUUUAGUGAAUUCUUCGUCUAGUUUCGUUGAUGAAUAUCUUUAUAUGAAUGAUAUUUUCCUAGCAAAUGUCGUAGCAUCUUCAAGCCAACUUGGUGAGGGUUUUCCUGUGGGUGGUUUUAUUUGUCACUAGAGCCACGGGGCACUACCACUGUUGGCCGUAGCUGACACCAACAAAACCAAAACAUCACUUGCUAUGCCAAUAUUACCUAAGAACAUAAAGUAUGAUAGCACCAAUAACUAUACCCGUGGCCACUAUGUGAUGGGGGCUGGUAACCGAGAGGCGGGAAGGUAAGUCGUAAAGAAACUGGUGGGUGUACACAAUUCCAGCAGUGUGAGUUUGGCAACCCAGAAUAUGGGAAAUCACCCAGGUGUUGAUAGGUUGGUGUCCCACUUUAUGCUACUUGAUUGUUAAUCCUGGCACCAACAAUCUCAUUAACCUAAAUGUUCCUCGUUGCACCGAGUCAUGCGUGAACCCACUUCGACGUGAGAUAGUCAUGUAGAAAAAUGGUAUUGCUGUGCGCGGGGCACCAGGGGGCCCCGGCACCAUCCCCGUUAAUGCUAAUGCUCCAAAAUGAAAAGACAGCUUCUUGUUAACCUGCUGUAUUAUCAAAAUGUACAGUACGGUACAUGAAAUAGCAUAGCAUGAACAGGCAAAUAGUAUAUAUCCCUGAAAUCUGAGAAAAAUAAAGUCUUGUGAUGUGACGCAAUGUAAUAUAAUCGGUCAAUGCACUACAAUGUGAUGGCUUGUCAAUCAUCCAAAUGCUAAGCUGCCAAUUAAGGUCUGACAAAUGUGGAUCGGGUACAUCUCUUGGUACGACUUCAAUUGGGAGGUAUAAAUUAACAGAAAGUGAACUGAGCUCAGGAAAUGACCAAAAUUGCCCCAACAUGAACAGGAACUAUAGCAUUCUGGGGUCACUUCCUGUACAGUUCGGAACAUUUCCUGUUGAUUUUAGGGCAUAAUCCAGCAACUUCAGGAAACAACUCCGAAAAGACCCCAGAUCAAUUGGAAGUAACCUGGUAAUAACAGGGAGUGGCUCCAAAAUGACCAAAAAUCAACAGGAAGUGACCAGGCACAUUUUCAAAAUCAUCAAAAAAUGACCAUAUAUCAACAGAAUUUGACCCGAAAUUCUUCCAAAUGUACACAUUUACACGAGCGUGUUGCUCAUUCUCGGAAAACAAAGUUAAAAAUAGUAUGAGAUUGCACAGCAUAUUUUUCCAAUAUGUUCGUCUUUCUUACAUGUGUUACACAUUUUGAAAUUGUAGUUUUGGAUCUGACCUUCAGAGGUGCCAUGGGGUCCACUUUAAACUUGUCAGGGAAAGCUCGACUGAGCGCAAGGAGGCGUGCAUGAAUGUAGAACUGGAAAAAAGAAAACAAAAGGACCAUUUUGUUAAUGAUUUUAGCAAAGAAGCUUGUUUGUAUUGUUGUUUUAGGCUUUAUGUUUUCAAACAUGGUUAGUUUAUUUUCUUGUUGUUGGAAAUCGAUAGGACUCAACAUAAGUUUUUGUGCUAUCGAAAUGAACGGCGAAUAGGGUAAUUGGAAGUCAAUGGGAUAGUAGGGCUAUUGGAAAUGAAUGGGUAUGUUUUGGCAAAUUUUGACUGGACCGUACUGUAUGUGUUUGGCAAAUGUAAUGGAAGACAAGUAGCAAUUUGAAAUGUCACAUUUAUAUAUAUUUUAUUUUCUUUAUGGGUUUUUGACCCAUUCCAAAGCUACAGGAAUUGACCUGAUAUCAAUGGGAAGUGACCCAGUAACAAAUGGAAUUGAUUUUGAAAUGACCCGAGAUCAACAGGAAAGUACCCAAUAAAAACAGUAAAUGUCCCCAAAAUGACCCCGGAUCAAUUGGAAGUGACCCCAAAAUGCCCCCAAAUCAACAGGCUGUGACAUGAUUUCAACAGGAAGUUACCCCUUGAAACCUCCAAAAUCUACAGGAUGUGACCCUGAAAUGCCUCAAAAUCAAUCCAGAAAUUGCAUUUUCUAGUUUCCAGUUCCAAUUUGGUGUAAAAUAAAGUUUUGAUGCAAAUCCUCGGCCCCCGAAUUUUCAAAUAUUGCUAUUUUUCUUCGUCUGUGACAUGGAAUUGUGCUCGUUUUAUGAACAAACCCGUCCCAGGUAUCUCCAGUCCAACAAAUCGGACAACCUCUCCGCUCUAUUUCGCUGGAUGAUGCGCUGACGCCGUGACUGUUGGCAAAAAUUGAACAUGAACUGAGUCAGCUGGUUACAUGACUCAUCCGCAGAACGGAACCGCCGGUCCACGAUGUAAAUACCUGAGGGAGAGAAAAUGUGGCAGUUAGAGUAUGAAAAUGUUUGUCCUCACAUUGAAAAGUGACAGCUUUCUCUUAAUCUUUGUUUGAGAGUCGUUUUGAGGGUUUUUCAUACCAAUGUACGUUGCAUUUACACUAUGUAGGAAGUACACACCAUAGGCAGCGGGGUCUGAUACAUGUUCCUCCAUGAAGCACCCAAAACCAGAAAGAUUAGUGGUCACACUGGGAAUGCCCAUAACAGUGCAUUCACCUGAAGAAGUAGAAGACGACUUAUGAAAUAUGUACUAGAGUGACCAUCCAUUACUUGUAGUACCCGUACCGGGUGUGUACCCCCAAGGUUCAUAGUAGGAGGGGAAUACUCCAAGGUUACAACCUCGAACAAACUCUUCGUAGUCCAUUGGUAGCAGAGGACUUGUGGAUGAUAGGAAUUCAGGAUGGAAGAUUACCUGAGAACAGUUAUUUUUAAUACGUUUGAGACUGACAUUUGAACAUUCACAGUGAGUAUAGGUAAAUUUGAUGUCUAUUGUUGCUAAUUGAAGCCAAAGUGUUCAUUUUGGGUCACUUCCUUGAAAUUUUAAAAAUAAUUUAUUUUUAAAGAAAUGAUUCGUUUUUUAAAUAUAUUAACUUAUCCAAUGCCAUUGACAGCUAUAGACAUCCAACGUCAUGGACCGUUUUCUGUACAACUGUCAAAUUACGGCACACAAAUCAAGUUAUUUUAAUUGCAGGGACGCAAUUAAUAGUACCUUAACACGGUCAUUCCUGGAAUUGAAGAGACCGAUCCGUCUGAUGUUUGCUAAGAUGGGAUCUGUCGAGUCAUCCAGCAUGUUGUGGGUUGUCACCGGAGGGAGGCUGUGCCUCUGAGAAAUGGAUAAGACAUAAAACCAUCGUGGAGGUAGCUUGUGAAAUAAAAAAAUCGGGAGAGCAGCAAAUGAAAAACUACAAAUCAUGCGCUACCAAUAAGCAUAUUCGGUCCAUCAUCCUCACCAGACAGUUGCAGUCUGUACUCAAUUUCAAAGCUCAGAAAUAUUGACGUUCGCAUCAAUUCAUUUCAGAGCUUUUAAUGGGCAUUUGGAUUUUAACCAGCUUUUAUACAUCCAUCACACUGACGCAACUGGUCUAUUAAACUCCGUCUGUAUGGUGAAGAUCCAUAUUUCCAAUUACAGUACUUUGAACAUCUCCCGGUUCAACCGCUAGCAUGUACAGCUAGCUAAAAGUGUGCAGUGCUUGCAAAAAAUAGACAGAUUUUACAUCAUACCUUUUUAAAUGAAAAGUACCUGAGUGGCGUAGAUGGCUCUCUUCAUUAUAGUGAAGUCAUCUCGGUCCAGGAUGGAGUCCAUAUCAGGGAUCUUGCCCCUGAUUCCAAUAGGAAUUAUAUCAGCACAUUUUUCAUGAUAGUUAUGAAAGUGAUCUUACAUUAAUAGCGCAUCAUACAGCCGUUUCCCAAACUUCUCUUUCACAGCGUGCGCCGUAUCCCUAUGGAAUAGAAACGCUAUUUAAUUCUGGUUGAAGGAAUGAGAAAUUUUUAGCUUUUACCUCAUUGGCUGCCAUUAACAGCGCUACCUAGCUAGCUGCAAGCUUCACCCUUCAAUUGAAUUGGACAUUUACUAGUAUAACUAAUUGGUGGGAGGAUGCAAUUUGCUCAGAGGAACAACACAUUUAGUUUUUACCUCAUUAAGUGCUGUUGACGGUCGUAGCUGCUAGCCAGCUAGGUAGCGGCCACUUACCAGCUUCAAAUGAAUUGGGCGUUUACUUGUGAUAAACUAAUUGAUGGUAGGUUUGAAAACGACCUCGAAAAGUACACACUGUACAGCAUCGGUACAUUAUUCCGUAGUACAACCCAAUACUGAUGUCAUUUUUGUGCAGUAUCAUUUCAAUGCUAUUCUAAUCUAACUUUUUUUUUUUUUUUAAUAAAAUUACAUUUUGAAACAAUUUACAAAAAUAUUGCAAGAUUUAUUUUUAAAAUAGUACGGCAUUUUCAUGUUAUGGCAUACUAUUAGCAGUAUCUGCUCGAUCUUAGUAGUUCAUUUCACUAAUGUCUAGUUGUUUUGAAUCGAAACAUACCCAAAGUACAUUUAUUUUUAGUUUUAGACAAUUCUGUAUCUUUAAAACCGUCCCCAGCAUGUAAUUUGAACAUAAAAUUCUAAAAGUAUAGCAUACCAGAGUUGUUUGCGUAUCGCUUGCCCCUUCAAGGACUCUACGUUGAAAUUGUUGGUUUUAGCUGGCAUUAUAAAGAAAACGACCACUGUCACAUCAUUCCUGUGGAGCUGAAAAUAGUAUUGAGCAAAAAGAGGGAUUAGCACAGCUAGCUAACAUUCAUACCUGUACAAAAAUUAAAUUUGCACUAACCUUAAGGAGGUAGUUGAGCCUGGAUAGCGAUUCAAGAAAAAGGUCUGCUCCUUUGUUGGAGAACUCGUAGCGCCCGGCAAUGAAGAAGAAUAGCGUUUUAUCCAGGUUGAAGUCCAAAUGUCUGUUGAAAUAGUUUUUAAAGCAUAUUUCAUACUUGAAAAAUGGCCGUUUUUUUCUGCAUUCGCAUUUGCUGCCAUUGACAUGGAGAGGCGAACAUGAAUUGCUUUGUUUUUACAUUGAGCACAGUCAAUUAGGGAUUAAUUUGAGGCAUUUCCAGGUUGCUUCCUUUUGAUUUUACGGCAUUUUUUGCGCCACUUCCUGUUUAUUGGUCACUGCCUGUUGAUUUUGGGGAAUUUCCAGGUGAUGGCUGUUGAUUUCGGUUCACUUCCUGUUGCUUAUGAGGCAGUACAGAGCAACUUACUGUUGAUUUUAGGACAUUUCUGGGUCACUUUCUAUUCAUUGGUCACUGCCUGUUGAUUUCGAGUCACUUCCUGUUUUUUGGGCAUUUUUGCGUCCCUUCCUUGUUAACUCAUUGGCUGCCAUUGACGGCACUAGAGGUCCAACGUAUUAUGAUUGGGAGGGCAAAAUGAAUGAAUGUGACUGCGGACAAAAAAGUAUUGAGUCGUCAAUAACACAGAGAAAUAGACUGACCCAUAAAAGUGUCCCCUGACAAAUUCUUGGAUGCGAGCCUUGCUGAUGGAGUGCAGGUUCUGAAACUCGUGCAUGGCAGAGAACUUUUUGACAUUCAGACCGUUCGGAGUCACCACAUCUGUUUCAAUGACAAUUUUCAAAUGAAAUACAAACAACGGCACAAGCUGUAAUUGAUCAUUUUCGACUGAAUAUCCACCCGGUUUUCGGUGUAGAAUGUGAUUGGCCUCCACGGCGGUGAUCUGUGAGACUGUUGUGAAGACGUGAGAACAAUGGACGGCGGCUCGUUCCAAGCAGUAACGAUGGUAGAUCUGACGCUCGCCUGCCUCCUUGUCAAGGUUGAACUAGCACGCGUGGGAAAGGAUCAUGUAGAAGAUAAUGAAGAAAAUAUGGAUUUCACGUUCAGGUCGAAGAGUAGAAGUUUGUUGUCAAUUAUUUUUGGAGUGGCCUUUCGCACGAGGUUGACCUUUACAGCGAGCCAAUUAGAAAAGCCCACACAUUUCAACAUCUUUAACCCCUCAAAAUCUGACUGUUUAAAAUAAAACUGGAGGAAUUUAUUAUAAUAUUUUUCCCAUAAAUAUAUAUAUUUUUUAAGUGAAUGAGUUUAAAGGUCCACUCUGAAGCCAGUCACCUUAUCUAAGUUAUUGUAGAAAUCAACGUUCCCCGCGCAGAGGUAUCGUCCCAGUAGAGUGGCAUGCGUGGUGAACACCGUCGCCAUGGGGAUAUUACGAUUGCAACACAAAAUCAGCCCCGGUCCGGCCUGCCACUCAUGGAAAUGAGCCACCACGUCGGGUUUAUCUCCAAGCUGCUCCGUUAACUGCAAACGCACCAUGAACGUCAAAUACUUCUAUUUCCAUCAGGAGGCCCUCGAAGUCACCUUUUUGAAGAACCAGGCGAUGAGGGAGCCUAAGAUGAGAGCGUCAUUAGCUUCCCUGUCUUGAUAAGGCAGGCCAAUGUUGCAGCUCUGCCAAAAGUCUCCCUUCCAGCGGUCCAAGUUCCAAGCGGCAGAACCGAUAUCAAAAAGAAUCACAUAAGGACUGCCCUCGAUUAACCAGCGGCCGAAAUAAACCUAAACCAAAAAAAAAAAAACAUGGCUCUAAGAUCGCUGUCAAGAGGCUAAAUAAAGAGCGGAUUCACCUGGCAGCCAUUUUGGAUCAGGUCAUCCAUUGCUUUCCUGAUGGGAGGAAAGGGUGGCUCGCAAGCUUCCACCUGCGUCUUAAAGUUGUGUUCAAAGUACGGCCCCAGCAUGAAGUAGUUCUCCCCCCAUUCAUCCACAGUGAUCUUAGCCUUGGUUUGGAUCACCGUGUAGAUUCCUCCGACUGUUCCGACACAAAAACAAUACCUGAAAGUCCUCUGAAGUGGACAGGGUGAACAGUCGGGCUUAAAACAAACUAAAUACUCUACCAUUACUAGAAAAUACAAUUUCUGCAGAAAUUGCGAUGGUAGCUUCACUAUCAUGUAUAUGAAUAUAUGUAUGUACAGUAUGUAUAUGUAUAUCUGAGGGGUCGGGAACCCUUUUGACCAAGAGAGCCAAAGUACCCAACAUACUUAUAUCCAUAUACUGUAUGUGUGCAUACAUACUGUAUAUAUACAUAUAUACACACACACAUAUAUAUAUAUUAUAUACAGUAUAUAUGAAAUGAAUGGGAUUUUUUAAAAUCAAAUUUUAGCCUUAAUGUAUGUUUUUGGCACAAUCUUUGUGAAUGAGUUGUUUUCUUUAAUAAGUUUUUGUGUGUGUGUAAAUGAUAGGACUGGGUUAAAAAUGUUUUGAAAUGUCACUUUUUAAAUAGAUUUAUUAUUCAUGACAGAAUAUUAUCGAGGGUACAUGCAAAGCUACUAUCCUAAUAAUAAUACUUUGUUAAAAUGCUGUUUCUUCGCCAACGAAAUCUUGAACUGACCUAUGAAUGUGAUUGUGAAAGUUUUGUUUGUCUACAUGUGCCUGACCACAAGUCCAGGGUGUCCCUUACCUCACCUAGCUCAAGGUCAGAUGGGGAACGAUAAUAUAGAAAAGUGACCCUCAACUUCCUCAAAAUCAACAGGAAGUUGCCCGAUAUCGACAGGAAGUUACCCCAAAAUGCCUCAAAAUGAACAGAAAGUAUACCGACCAUCACUGCAAAGCUACGGUUACAAUUUCUCCACAAAUUGCAUUUUCGUUUCGCUUUUAAUGCAGCGAUCAUCUGCGAACAUGCUGGAGUGUGUUGCAUUCAGGGACAACUCCAAAAGUGAGAAUAAAUAAGUCCAAUAAAAUCACACUGUGAAUUUGUCUAAUGGGUUAGCAGCUGGACAUCAAGACUUAAAAAAUAGCUGUUACCAUUUAGAAGACCAACACAUCUAACCUUUGUUGGUGACUUCCCAGGCCACCUCAAAGAGUAGCAGGUCCUCCACAGGCAAGUCAUCCUCAUCCCACGCCGGCAGGACGCCACUCAACGACGUCAUGGACAAAGAUCGAGACAGCGGCAUAUUAAAGCGACGACAGUUCGACCAAACCAACCUCUCAAAGAAAUAUUGGAGCUUCAAGCUAGCGAAACAAGAUAUUUAUGCUCCUAUGGGGGUAAAGAACUUCCACCCCGCCUACUGCAGCCAACCUUUAACCCACCUAGUGCUGAUAUUUGGUUCGGUGACGUCAUGUUUGAUGGCAAACAAACUACU